UCGUGAUAUAAUCUGUGCGUUGAUUGCUGACAACCCUAGAAGGCCCAUAUUGUAUCUUUCUUUUUGGGUUAACCUGUCAUUACGGAUUGUCGAGGCGGGUUUUAAAUCCUAGCCAUGGUGCGCAUGAAUGUAUUGAGUGAUGCUCUAAAAUCAAUUCACAAUGCUGAGAAAAGGGGAAAAAGACAAGUGCUUAUCCGGCCUUGCUCUAAAGUUAUCGUCAAGUUUUUAACAGUGAUGAUGAAGCACGGUUACAUCGGUGAAUUCGAAAUCGUUGAUGACCACAGAGCCGGUAAAAUCGUAGUAAACCUCACGGGAAGGUUGAAUAAAUGUGGAGUUAUCUCGCCCAGAUUCGAUGUACCUAUUAACGAUAUUGAGAGGUGGACUAACCUGCUCCCAUCCCGGCAGUUUGGCUACCUUGUUCUGACCACAAGUGGAGGUAUCAUGGAUCACGAAGAAGCCAGAAGGAAACAUCUUGGAGGGAAGAUAUUAGGUUUCUUUUUCUAAGUUUACUGAAUACAUAUGAAAAUGUA